CAGAAGGGGGCAGCAGUCUACCGGCCAAUAUCGUCACAACAAAUAAGGCGGUCUUCCAGCUAGAUCCACGCUCUACAGAAUACCGAUUGAGAAUAUUACAGAUGAAGUACGUUAUUAUUGCUGUUGGCGGAGAUAAGGACUUUGAAGAAGGUUUAAUCGGUAUACUGUAGGACGUAUGCCUGUGACAGAGAGUUGCACAGUUAGGCUGUUGAGGCUGCCUCUCACCAAGAAGAGUUGCUCAGUAAACUUGUCUAGGCUUUCUGUGAUAAAGAAGAGGUGCUCAGUAAGGCUGUCAAGGCUUCUUGUGACAGAUAAUUGGUGCUCCGUAAGGUUGUGUAGGCUACCUGUGGCAAAGAGGUGCUCAGUAAAGUUAUCUACUCUGCCUGUGACGCAAAAGCGUUGCUCAGUAAGGUUGUCUAGGCUGUUGAUGGCAACCAUUGCCCAGAAGUUGGGCAAACAGGGUAGCGAAUCCAUGGGCUUACCCCAUGGAGAGGGGACAGAGCAGCAGACUGAUCCACACGAAAAACCUCAGGCAGAGGCGCAGACCAAUCCACAUGAAAAACCACAGGACACCAAUGGGGAGGCUGUCGGUGUUUCAUCUGAACAAGGCCAGGAUGUGCCUCCAGAAGAGCUUCCUGUACCAUCUUCCACCCCGGGAAAUCGUCUACAGAGAAAAAGAGUCCCUAAUCCGAAAUAUCAGAGAGAACCAGACACGACCAACCGAGCCUGAUAAAAAGACCCCAAAACCGAAACCCCCCAAAAAGACACCACAGAAAAAGGCACCACAGAAAAAGCCAGUGGUCUCGAGCAUAGACAGUGACAAGGGGCUUAUCAAACAGAUCCCUGCCAAGAAGACCUCUGCCAAGAAGAUACAAAAGGAAACACCACAGGUCAACUCCACGCCCGCCCCUGCAGUCCCGGAACUGAGGGAGACCCCAGAGGAGCCUGAAACCACCCCUAGUGGCAGACCCAAGCGGAGGGCAGCAAAAGCUGCAUUGCAGUACCUCCAUACCCUGGCCAAGGAGGUAUACAACCAACCUGACAAUGGUACUAAGAAUGACUGGGAGUCUAGCCCAGUCCCCAGCCCCAGCUCAACCCAGCCCCAGAAACGAACCAGAGGCAAGGGCAAGAAGAGGAAGGCCCCUGAUUUUGACAGUGACAACGCCGCAGAGGAUGUGGACUUUGUUCCAGAAAAUCAAGACACCGAGGAGGAAAGUGAGGCUGAAGAUACUCAAGAAGACUUAGACUUGGAGAAGAGGCACACACCACUGAAAGACCUUAGAUCCAGACGCAUUUCCAGAGGUCUUUCAAGUCAAGUUCGAUACCAUGGUAAUUCCCCCAAUGGACUGUCCAACAACAUGAUGGGACCCAUCUGGAUGUGCACCAAAACCACCAAGACCUUCCGUGAUGAACACUGUAACGAAUGGGUCUUUGCUGAGUGGAUGCCUUCAGAGAAGGAUUGGCAUUGCUUGUCGGACAGUGAGGCUGAGAAGUAUCUACCGCAGGAGAUGAUGUCAACAGCCUUCACCUUCUCAAGAGAGGGCAUCAGGGAGGAGACUCCUCUGCACAGAAUGAAGAGGUUUGAGUGCCUGCCACCCCACCCUGAGCGCUGGGACAUGCUAUUCUAUACGGGCGGGCCGGUGUGGGCCAUGGACUGGUGCCCCUCCCCCGAUGGCGCCCCUGCCAGCCAGUACGCUGCCAUCUACUGCCACAGGAACCUGGACGACCAACACAGGAUGAACGAGUUGUACACCAAACCUGGACUCAUCCAGAUUUGGGACCUGGGACAACUCCAGUACAACACCAGUCCCCAGUCCUCUCCACGGCUGGCCUAUGGUAUUGCCCAGGAUAAAGGCUUUGUGUGGAACCUGAAGUGGUGUCCAGGAGGAGCCUGGGAGCUGCCCACCACUAACAGGAAGGCCCCUCAUAUGCCCAGACUGGGUCUCCUGGCUGCCUCCACAUCAGAUGGUCACAUCACUAUCUACAGCCUGCCUCACCCCGACACACUAAUGGCCCGCAGGAAACACACCGCUAAAGGUGGAGCCUGCCCAACACUGAUGAUCUGCCAGGUACAGGGUGUGAUCACUCUGAAGCGGGGCUCCUUCAAGACCAACCACGAUGAAAAGAAUAACCAGGUUCUCUCCAUGGACUGGCUGCCUGUCAAACCUCACAAUAUCCUGGCUGCUGGCUUCUAUGAUGGUACGGUGGCCCUGUGGAACCUGUCCAGUAAGUCUAUUCUGCAGCGGGUGCGUGCUCCAGACCGCUCCUUCACCCUCUACCCCUACCACUGCUUCAUCGCCCACGACAACGCCACCCGCGCCCUCAGUUUCUGCCACGCAUCCAGAGACCUCAUGGUGACGGCGGGUGAUGACAGGCUGGUGAAGAUGUGGGACCUGAGGAGGACCUGGGAGCCCUGCCAGUCCUUCAAGCGCUUCCUCUCCACCGAGGCGGCCUGGCCCCUGCACUGGGCUGGAGUCUUCAUCUCUCAGGAGAGCACCUACGCCACGUUUGGCCAACAUGGACUCAAUUACUUUGACUCAGGGUAUCUGGGCUUCAAGCCACUCUUUCUGGUGCCACGGAAAGGGACCAUGUGGAGCCUGUCGAUCUCUGAUUGGCUGAACACAGCUGUGACGGCGGACUCGGUGGGAGACGUGAUCAUGGUCCUAAUACCCAACCUGUUCAACAACCCCUGCUACCUCAAACGAUCCAUCGAUCGCAGAUUCCCGGUGUUCAGAACCGAAAUGGUCCAAUUGAAAGAAGAAGUUGAGGAGAAUGAGGGAGGAGUUGGAGAGAAAGGAAGUGGUUCCACCAGUAACGGAACAUCCCAUCAUACACCUCAGACCUACAGAGAGACAGCCCAGAAGUACUACCUCCACUACCACGACAUGGACAUGAGAACGUUUAAGAAUGCCCAGAGCCGAUCUCCGUGGAAGCACAUGCAGGUUGCAGAGGCCAAAGGGGGACCGUGUCUGGACCUAAUGCCUUUGGCUUCACUAACCAAGGUCCGUUUCAACCCCAACCUGUGUGCCCAGAGCUGGGUGUUGUCUGGGGGCCAGGCGGGCCUGGUAAGAGCCCACUGCCUCAGGGCCAUGAACAGCUCUCACAUUAACAAGAUGGUGCAGGAGAGCCAGGCCCAGUUCAGCACCAUGUUCCCCCAGGACACGACAGACAGCCAGGGGGACGCCAGUGCCGUCAGACACACCACAGAAGAGCUGUAGGUGUAGGUUCCUGGAGGUCUGCUCCCUGUAGCGCUCCCUCAGUGUACUGCAGUGUACACCACUCCCAACUUCCUAAAGACUCAAAUUAGGGCUUCGUUCUAACUUUGGAUCCACCCAUAGAACAUCCAUGUCAAAAUGAGAUUUUCAUGGAAGUUUGAGUUACAGGAGUGGAUCUCAUGGUAGGAUCCAGCUCCCAAGGAAUGUGAUUGGCUGCUUUGUUUGGACAGUAAGCCCACUGUGUUUUUAUCUUCUGCAAGACCACAAUGUUUUUAUAUUUAACUUAUUUCAAGACGGAAAAAAUUCAUGCUAUUUUGCUAGAACUUGUAAAUGUUUUACUAUUAUUUUUAUAUAAACAUUUUUGUUGUUGUUGGUGUGAAUACAUUGUGAACUGAGGACUGACUUGAAGGGUUCUUAUAGAACCCAGACUUGGCGUCAUUGCAAAGCUAUAGCACUUUAGGGUUUUUCUGUUCAUUCAUUCUGAUUAUAUUCUGCCUUUCUUGCCGCUGUUCCUUUUCUAUCACACACUUUCAGGUCCAUGACUUCUGUAUAUCAGGUAUAAACCAUGUUUUAGAUGUAUUUGUCUCUGAGCCAAUGAGUCUCUAAGUAUUUUGUCUGUCAAUGUCUGUUUAUUAAAAUUAUAAUUUCAGUCUUUUCUAAA